AUCCGUGGCUUUGAGUCAUACAUGUAUUAAGUUGGCGAGAGGAGCAGUAUGCAUAGACUAAGAAGAUGUUAUAAGUACUAUGUACUUGUACAUCGCAGGCUGAACGUGUAUAAAUAUUCAUGUACGAUCAAUUUAUGUAGACCAUUUGUGAAUUUUAAAACAGGAGACAUUGCCAACUAGGAAAUGAGAGGGCGAAAGGACUCAAGCAGUGCAGCCGAAGAUAACGAAGAAAUUUCAACAGAUUCCUCAACUAGAAGAACAACAGCAACUCUUGGAGCAACAACAAGAACUCGAACACAAAUCUUGACCAGCAGAACAACAAGUUGGACUGGAGUUACUGGAGAAACUGCAAGUUCUCCAACAGCAACGACAUCAGGAAGUGGAAUCAUAGGGAAAAAUAACCAAACAUCCCUGCCGACUGUUAGAGGACAAGAGGACACAGUGGGUUUACAUGCCGUAUUGAUUCCCACUUUCUUUGGUCUUGCCAUCAUUGUAUCCCUGGUCUUUUGUUUGGUGUACAAAUCAAAAGUAAAGGAUGUUUGGAAACAUGUCGUAAAGCCGUCACAUGGAAUAAAGAACAGAGUGAAGCAUAAUUUCAAUACUUUGAACGAAGUGAAAGAAGGAAACCAGCCACAUGUUGAUCCAUCUGUGUAUUCAGUGGUGGAGAACCAAGUUGUGGUUUCGUCACUUCCGGUGAACUAUCCCAAUCACCAGCAAACAGUUGAAUUGGAUGAUAGUUAUAGUGCAUUAGAUAGAAAAAAUAACACAGAAGAAAACAAACAAUACGAUUGCACGGAGUAUGAUAUGUUGAAUCAUUCGAACCGCAACACAGUAACCAAUAGCAGCGGAAAUGUCUACAGUAGUGUGAACGCAGCUUGUGUCACUAGGCAAGACAUAACACUCAAUCCGUACGCCAUUUAUCAAUGAUUUUACAUUAAUGUUGUUUUUACAUAAGAAUUUUGUUCGUUGAAAUUUCAAUUUGAUAUGUUGUACAUACUAUAUAUUUUUUUUAUAUAUAUAUAUAUAUGAAAAGUGAUAAUAAAUAUGAUAUUUAAAAACA